GUAAUCGUUCUCAAGGAACCAAAAUUACGAAAUUUAGUCUCUUGAGCUGGUUGACAAUUUUCUACUCGAAGCAAAGAUCAACCUUUAUAAUGAGUUCACCUGAGUCAGCGGAUGAAAAGACGUCCUGUUAGAGCUCCGUUAGAUUCAUUCAUGGACGGAAAUACAAAUAUCACGGGGCAAUCUUACGGUCAAAGAAGACCGUCUCUCACUGUCGUUCUUAAACGAGUCCUUGAAGGAUAUCCCGAUGGCGGACAGAUACUAAAAGAACUGAUUCAAAAUGCUGACGACGCAGGUGCUACUGAAGUGAAAUUUCUGUUUGAUUCACGUGACAAUGCGUUUGGAACAUCUUCCCUUAUCAAUGUGGGUUUGUCCAAAUUCCAAGGCCCAGCUUUAUACGUUUACAACAAUGCCCUCUUUAAAGAACAGGACUGGACUGGAAUUGAGAGCAUCAUGCUGGGAUCUAAGAAAAGGGAUCCAGUGGCAGCAGGUCGCUUUGGGGUUGGGUUCAACUCAGUAUAUCACGUGACAGAUCUCCCAAGUGUUGUCAGUGGUCAUCACGUUGCCUUCCUUGAUCCUCAAGAGACAUAUUUUGGGGCUGGAGAAACUGGUAGGAGAUUUGAUAUCCGAGAGCCUUUGACAUAUCUGUACCGAGAUCAGUUUUCGCCUUAUGAAGACGUCCUGAGCUGCAAAAUCUCCUCUGGAGUUUUUGAUGGGACUUUAUUUCGUCUCCCGUUGAGGAAAUGGCCAUCUAAGAUAUCGAUAAAGCCGUACACAGCAGGAAAAAUUAAUAGUCUUUUUGAAUCAUUCAUGGAAGAAGCUCCCGUAGUUUUGCUCUUUCUAAAGAAUGUAGAAAUUGUUACUAUUUACGAGACCAGCUGGACUGAGCAGGAGAAGAUUAUUUUUUCUGUUCAAGUGAAGGAGGAGUUUCGAAAAACAGUUAAGGAAGUGAAGCGCAAAUUCAUCGAAGAGGCUUCUGGUUUUUUAUCCAAACCCUUUGAAAUGAAUUACGAAACGGUAAUAGAGAUUAACAGGUCUGAAAAAUCUCAAGAACAAUUUAAGUUCCUGGUCUUAAAUAGGGUUGGAUUCGAAAGCAUGCAUUUGGCCGAACUUUCCUCAUCUCUUGGCAUUGUUCCAUGGGCCGGCGUUGCAGCAUCACUGGAUACACCUAAUGAGAAUACCAAGAGGGCAAAUGGUCGCGUGUUUUGCUACCUUCCCUUACCCGCCGACUCCGAAUGCAAGUCAGGUCUUCCUGUUCAUGUCCAUGGUGCCUAUUGCCUUACGGAUAAUCGUAGAAAUCUGAAGUGGCCCGGUAUAGAAAGCCAAAGUGAUGAAGCAGCAGAAUGGAACAUCUGUCUCACCCGCGAAGUCUUGAGUACAGCUUAUGCUAACUUGGUCGUUGCACUCACUCGAUUGCAACCCCCUAGUGGAGAUUUGCUUCCAAUAGUUGACAACGUUUGGCCAGAUAUCGAUUCUGUUCAAGGCCAGUGGAAAGCUCUACUAAAGCCUUUCUACGCAGCUCUGGCUGACCAGGCGGUCUUUUGGACCCCAUCUCUUGGUGGAAAAUGGAUUGCUUUAAAAGAGGGAAUUUUGGACCGCAUGGAAUGUUCUCCAAACAAAGUGCGUAAUGAAGUUCGUGAUGUUAUAGUGGACAUACUUCUUCAAGCAGAUGAACCAGUAAUAUUCCUUCCGCAGCAGGCGAUGAAGGCCGUUGAAGAAUAUGCAGAACACCAAGUGAGGAGACCUAAAGAAAUUACGCCCUCAUAUGUACGUGCUGUGCUAAGGGGAGAUCGUUCCGUGCAUUCAUCAUCGUCAGGAUACUUCAAAUAUGAUGGGAACGAAGGGAAAACUAAGCAUUCCCCUCGAAGUCCUUCCAUUGAAAACUCUAGCAUCUACGAACUCAAGGGGGCAGACAACGAUGAUCGCACGUUGCCAGAAAGACUUGAAAAAGUGUCCUUACAGCACCUGACUAGAAAUGAGAAACUGUGUCUCUUGGAAUUCAUUUUGAUGGAUCGUAACUUCACGGACUUGGCUGGUCUUUCUCUGUUGCCUCUUGCUAAUAACACAUUUAGAGAUUUUCAAACAGACGUUCAUGAAUAUAACUCAGAUGACUGUGUAUUAAUUGCAUCUCGAAACCACCCACAAAGUCUCAUUCCUGGGAGCGAUGAGAGAUUCUUGGAUGAAAACAUCGAAAGAGGUGUACUUGACACGUUACGUUCUCUGGCAGGGGAAAUGGAAAGCAAGCGUUCGGGACCCACGCAAUUGGUAAACCUUUCACCUUCUCUCGUGCCAAAACUGGUUCGCGAAAGCAUACCUGAGCCUUGGAGGAUCAGUUCCACAGUUGUAUCUUGGGAUCCUAAAGAUGAAUCCUUACCUGAUGAUUUAUGGCUCCGUGGUCUAUGGUCGUGGCUCAAAACAGAAUUUCCCAAAGAUCUCACUCCUUUCGAAGGAAUUCCUCUCAUCCCUCUGGUGGACGGAAGGUCAGAGAAACGAUAUCUUAUCAAACUGAAAAAAGACCACUGCCUAAUUCAGAGUUCAUCCUAUUUCGCGUCGUUACCGAGGAACGUGGUGAGUGCUCUUCAAAAGACAGGUUGCAUCGUUCUUCCUCACCUGCCCCCAUUCUGUGAUCACGCUGCCUUGAAGCACUACAUCGAGCCGCCAACUUCCUCAGGUGUACUAAAAGUAUUAGCAACGGUCAUGAAUGAACCAGGGAAUGACAGUCUUACCAGCUGUACUAUCGAAGAAAAAGCGGCCCUCAGAGCAUUCCUGUCCAGUCUAAGAAAUCCUACUGAUGAUGAAGUAGUAGCCUUAAUGACGUUGCCAAUCUUUCAGACAAUGGAUGGGACUACGUUCACAGCAGUUCAGUCAGUAGGACCCUUGUCAGGAACGAAACUUGAUGUUGCCCCACCCCGGCUACAUCUACCAUCGAGCACAAAGAUUCACUGCUCACAUGAGAUACUUUCUGCCACUGACGAUGACUCAUACCAGCUGCUGCGGCGACUUCCCGUUCGAAUUCUAAGCACUUCAGACUUUUUGGUCGACAAGAUAUUUCCUUACAUAGAGAGUGGAGGAUUCUACACUAGAGAGGAAGUCUCUAACCUGAUGUUUUGGGUGAUACAGAGACUUCCCGCACUAUCAAGCGACAAAAAAACCUUCCCAGAUCAUCUCAAGAAUGUACCGUUUGUUCCAGUUGCCAACGGGUCCCUCAAACCGCCUUCUGAGCUAUACGACCCGGAAGAUGAAAUCAUCCAGAAGCUAUUUCAAGGCGAAGCUGACGUAUUUCCAGCUCAAGAAUUUGCUAAAGCUCACGCCCUAAGCUUGCUUCGAGUGUUCUUGGGCCUACGGCGAAGUCGUUCCUUAGAAGCCAAAGAUAUUCUUUUAAUAGCAAAGCUAAUCACGGGUGCUCCUGAACAGCUUGCUCUUAGAAGAGCGGAGGCAUUGCUUCAGUUUCUGAAUGAUAAUGCAUACCUAGUUGAGAACGAGGUCUUGUUGGAAGAAAGCUCCGGGUCCGCAAAGAAAGUACCUUUGGGGAGCAUACUGUCAAGCUUACCCUGGCUGCCUGCGUCCAAAGAACCCCUAAGCAAAUACCCACAAUGUAUGCCUUGGUUCGGCGUGGCGAGAAGACUCUACUCUCCUAAAGACAUGAGAGAUGCAGACAUGGCAAACAUCGUUGGUUCAUCUAUGCCGAUUCUUCGAGGAAAUCUAGACGACAAACUUAAAAAGGCUUUCGGAUGGUGGUUUCCUCCUCCAAUUUUCCACGUUCUAGACCAGCUGAAAGGUGCCAUAACUACUUGGCAGCAACAAGUGCACAAAUCAUCUGAAAUUGAGCUACUUAAGUUCCAGGGAAUGCUGAGAGACAUCUACAAUCAUUUGUCGAGCGAAAUUGUAACAGCUGAAGCAGCCUUAGUUCUGAAAGAACAUUCGUUUCUGCCCUGGAUAUGGUAUGGUUCAGGGUUUGCUAAAUCCAGCAGCGUUGCUAUGAGAAGCGAGUGUGCCUUGGAUUUAAGACCCUACAUAUUUGUCUUAUCUGAAGAUUUCCAAGGUUACUCUUCCUUUUUCAAACGUUGUGGUGUUUUAGACAUCUUCAAUGCUACAUCAGCCCUAGAGGUCCUCCACAUGAUUCGAGAUUGGCACCUGGAGAAGAAACGACCCAUAGAGGAAGUGAAACGCGAUCUCCACCUGUCUCGUGACAUUCUGGACUUUUUAACAAAGGACGGAUCACGCCUUUCCCCUGACAUUCGUAAGAGAGUUUUAGUACCCAUCCAAGCCGAGGAAGAUAGACUCAUUCUUCAGCCAUCCGCUGAUGUGAGCUAUUGCGAUGCAGAGUGGUUGAGACUAGGAAACAGCGAUACCAGUAUUUCCGACGUUACCUUCAUGGUGCACAAAACCAUUUCCAGUGAAACUGCUCGGCUUCUUGGAACACCUCCUUUAAGUAGGAAAUUAGCAGUUACGGAACCGCUUGGAUUUCAGCAGAGUGGACCGUAUGAACCAGUAACAACAAGAUUAAGAAAUAUCCUGAAGGAUCACAACGACGACAUGGCGACUUUCAAAGAAUUGAUUCAGAACGCAGACGAUGCAGGAGCAACAGAGGUCAAGUUCCUUCUUGACUGGAGGUACAACAGUGCAGAGAAGCUACUGGCACCUGGAUUGGCUGAGAUGCAAGGGCCAGCCCUGUGGAUUUGCAACGACGCCCUCUUUACAGAUAAAGACUUCGAGAAUAUUAACAAACUGGCAGGAGGUACCAAGAUAGAAAAUAAAGAAAAGCUAGGCCGUUUCGGAAUUGGAUUUUGUACUGCUUACAAUAUAACUGACCUUCCAAGUUUCAUCAGCCGCGAGUUCAUUGCCUUUUUUGACCCACAAACAACUCAUUUAGGAGACCUCAUUAAGGACAAAUCUCGUCCCGGCAUUCGUUUGAAUCUUAGGAGUAAUGCAGUGGCAUUGAGCGCGUUCUCUGAUCAGUUCAAGCCUUACCAAGGAGUCUUUGGAUGCACAAUUGAUAAGAAUGGACGGUCAUUUUUCUAUGACGGAACUCUAUUCAGGUUUCCUUUAAGAACCAUGAGACAGGCCAGCGACAGCGAGAUUUGCAAUAAAUUCUAUGACGAGCAGCAGUUUACCCAGUUGAUUUCAGCAUUCCAGGAAAACGCAUCAAAAAUGUUGCUUUUUCUACAGAAUGUGUGCAAGAUAAGUUUCUUUCAAAUAACAUCUGAUCAGAACCCAUCCUUACCAAAUGCAGUGUUUGAGGUGGAAAAGGACAUAUUGUUGUUACCGUCGACAGGUACGCUAUCAGACAGGCUGACAUCAGAGAAAAAUAAUAACCAAGGAAUCCGGGAAAGCGAUCUUAAUGGCAGUUGGGUCUUUGAACAGCAAAGAGUCGAACACCUUGUCGACUCCUCUAAAAUAGUGUUCAUAAAAUUUCAAGCCUUCCCAAAUAGUUCUUUGCCAUUCUCAAGAAAUCAACGAAACACUGAAGUUUGGUUGGUUACGUCAUGUUACGGUGAAAGAAAAGCGCGCGAGAUGGCCAACACUGAAGAUGGAAAACUAAAUGGCUUGUUACCUAAAGCUGAAGUCGCUGCUCUACUAUCAGACAACGAUAAAGCUAAGCGAUGGCGCCCUACGAAGACAGCGGGAGAAGUAUUCCUUGGUCUACCUCUGGGAGCAGAGACAGGUUUUCCAGUUCACGUGAACGGCUACUUUGCCGUGACGACAAAUCGCCGUAGUUUAUGGGAAGAUACCAAAGAGAGUCCACCCUCAAGAAAACCGAUUGAAGUACUUUGGAACCAAAGUCUCCUUGAAGAUGCCGCUUCAAAGGCUUACGUUCGACUUUUGGUUGAAAUUGUCAGUCUACAUGGACAGGGAAAGAUAGAAGAAUUUCCAUACGACGUUCUUUGGCCGAACCCAGAGAAAGCCUCUUCCAAGACUUGGGUAACGUUUGCCUACACUGUUUAUCAGAAUAUAGCCAAUGGUACAGGAACUCUUUUGAGGAGUCAAUCACAAUGGGUAUCGUUCAAGGAUAGCGUCUUUUUAGAAGAGGAUGUCUCACAGUUACCGGAGAGUUAUCCCAUAAUGUGCUCAUGCGGCUUCAACGUGGUUCAACUGCCAAAAUUCGCUUCAAACGGCUUUGAAAGAAGCGUCACAAAAAUUGCGGCACAAACUGUAACCAUGGACAAAUUUGUUUGCGACAUCUUUUUUCCGACAAGUGAAAGAUUGCCGAGUAAUCUAAAAGAUCCGAUAAUAUGUCAUGUUAUGGAUGAAUACCUUCGGGGAUCGUACAAGUACGAGAAAAUCUUGCGAGGAUAUCGAUGUAUCCCAACAUCACCGGAUGGUUGCCAUAGGUCUCGGCCUGAUGAGUUGAUUGAUCCUACAGGAGCUGCUAGCAGCUUAUAUCUUGAGGAAGAGCACAUAUUUCCAACUGGCUCAGGUUUUCUGAGAGCAGAGCGACUCGUUGCCUUGAGAAAGCUAGGGAUGGUAGAAGCUUUAUUACCAUGGAAACGAAUCUGUGAGAGGGUCACGUUCAUUGCAACGUUAGCCACUGUUAAUUAUGAAAAAGCUCUGCCGAUGUCGAGGAACUUAAUUAAAUAUUUGAAUGACAACUUGAGUAAGCUAUCUCCACCAGGAACUCCACAAAGGAAACAAUUGUCAGAAAUUUGCUUUCUUCCAGCUAUGGAUAGACCAACAGGGUAUUACCUGCCGUGGAAGGGAUCAGAAGAAAGUGCGAAAAGAUUGUUUUCAGCCAAAGAGCUACGACGUGAGGACUCCACAUAUUUACUAGGAGCGGUACUCCCACUCUUAGACGAAUCUCCAGAUACCGGAUGUGACCGUGUAAGCAAAGAUGUCUCUAAGCUAUUAAGGCUUGGUGAUCAACGCCUGACCGUCAAUGAUGUCCUUCUGCAACUCUACUCCGCUGUAGAAGGUCUCGUUGCGCAUGAUGCAGCCAGCAGAGAAUGUGUCAGGAGGGUUUCUACUGCUGUUUACCACUUCCUACAAGAGAGAAUAAACACCUCAGACAAGCAAGUUAUUAAAAAUCUUCUCCAUGGAAAGCCGUGGAUAUUUGUGGAAAGCAAAUUUGUAACUGCUGAUCAGGUUGCCUUUUCCUGGAAAAGUCAUGGAGACCCUUUUCUUUAUUGCCUUCCCGACGACUAUACCAUGAAAUUCAAAGAUCUCUUUAAAGCACUUGGAGUCAGAGAAUCGUUUUCCGGUGAAGAUAUGGUUGAUGCACUAUUCGUUCUCGCCGAGAGAAAAGAUGGCGAACCUCUCACGGUUCAAGAGUUUAGGACUGUAAAAUCGUUCCUGGAGGAUAUUGCCUCAAUGGAUGAUGAUGCUCUGAGUUCCUAUUGCGGUCAGCUGCCCUUACCAAAUGUGAAUUUAGUGCUUACGCCUGUAGGAGAACUAACAAUCAACGACACACCUUGGAUUGACUCCUUUGGGUGGACGAAAUGUAUUCACAGUGAUAUUUCCGUAGUGUUAGCCCACAGGUUAGGAGCUCAAACUAUGCGAGGACAAAAACUAGACAAGUAUUCUCACCGAAUAGGAAAGCCCUUUGGUCAGAGUGAACGCCUUACAGAUCGACUGAAAGGGGUACUGGAAGCUUAUCCGUGUGAUUUUGGAAUUCUGAAAGAGAUUAUUCAAAAUGCAGAUGAUGCAGGGGCCACAGAAGUUCAUUUUAUACAUGAUCCGCGUCAACAUGGUACUACUCGUAUUUUGUCGGAACAAUGGAAAGACCUCCAAGGACCAGCACUUUGUGUCUACAAUGACUGUCCUUUCACGGAAAAAGACUUUGAGGGGAUACAAAAGCUUGGUAUAGGAAGCAAGACUGACAGCCUUGAGAAGGCAGGAAAAUAUGGUAUCGGUUUUAAUGCAGUAUACCAUUUAACCGAUUGCCCGAGUUUCAUUACAAACGCCGAAACAUUGUGCGUCCUCGACCCGCACGCCCGAUAUGCGCCCGAUGCAACACUGGACUUUCCGGGACGUCGAUUUGAUCCCCUUGAUGACGAAUUUUGGGUACACUUUGCUGACGUGAGACCCUGUUAUUUAGAGGAGUUCUUUCAUCUGAAAGGAUCUACUAUGUUUCGUCUGCCAGUAAGAAAUGAUGCGUCCUCUAAACAGUCAGAAAUUUCCUCCAAGGCUUUUAGCAAUUCCGAAAUUGAUCAACUGCUUACCAUUUUUGAAAGCGAGAUCCGAGACACGUUACUCUUCCUUCGAAAUGUCACUAGAGUAAGCAUUUCAAGGAUAGAAAACAACAAGUUAGUUAGGCGAUACGAGGCUUCUGCAACAAUUUCAAACUCUGACAUCCCGAAAAUCCAAGCUCUCGACGUAGAAAUCAUGCGGAGCUUAGAACUGAAUACCAGCUGUAUUCCAUGGUUUGGAAUUACCUACAUCAAAACCACUCAAGACACACUGGGAAGACGAGAUAAUUGGCUCAUUCAUCAAUGCCUUGGUUCUCGUUUGCAUGUUGACAAGCAAUUAAUUCCCGAAGGAAGCAAGAAUGGUCUUCUUCCUCGAGCAGCUGUGGCAGCAUGCGUGACCACAACAGACAGUCUCUCGCCGCGACGAGGACGUUCCUACAGCUUACAAAAUUCAAGCCAAAACAACAAAAUUCAUCGUGCAUUUUGCUUCCUACCUUUGCCAGUUGAGACAGGUCUUCCAGUUCACAUUAACGGCCAAUUUAUACUUGAUAAUUCAAGACGAAAUCUUUGGAAAGACGAUGGAGUGCAAGGAGCGAGAACUCAGUGGAACAAUUUCAUCAAAAGGAAUGUUUUAGCUCCUGCCUAUGCUGAACUUAUCGUUAGUGCUAGAACAUACAUACCUGGAAUCUCACAAGGAGACCCAUGGUACUUCAACGAUAUCACAGAGGCUAAGGAUGGUUUGAAAUGGUAUCACAGCAUCUUUCCGGAUUCAGAUGAUGUUCACUCAGAAUGGAAAAGCAUUGUUUCAACAGUGUUCAGACUUCUGGCGAGUUUCAAUCAACCUGUAUUACCCAUCUUACGUGACGAAUCCUUGCCCAGACCGCCUGCGACCUCUCCUCGGAACUUUUUGAAGUUAGGCACAAAGCCACUUUUUCCCUGCUUGUGGGUUCCCCCUUGUAGCGACAGAGACGAGCAGCAAGCACUAUUCAGCGAUCUUUCCAACCCAGAACUGGAAACACUACUCCUAAAAAUAGGUGUGCCGAUAGUUCACGCGCCACAAAACCUCUACACCAGUUUCAAACGAGCCGCUGCGAUGGUAAAAACCGUUAGUCCCGAGGAUGUCAUGGCCAUUAUCUCGAAGCCUAGGCAUAACACAGGUGUGCUCCCUUGCUAUAUUGACAAUACCACCUUCAAACAAGUGAGUAAAUUUAAGCUACUGAUCGAGUAUUGCAUGAGGGAUGACAACUUUCUCCAACGGUUAAAUGGGAUGCCCCUUCUGCUUACUGAAGAUGAAGUACUCAGAGAAUUUGAUUCCAGAAAUCCAGUUUUCCUCACUCCAUUUUCCAGUCUGCUCUCUUCUCAGAAAGACAUUUUUAUCCAUAAAGAAUUCAUCCCGCUGUUUUCAAAAUUUACCAGAAAUGAAAUUUGGAAGUCCGAAGUGUUCAAACGUUUCGACACGAUAUCGAUUGCUCCAUAUUUGAUUCAACUGCUUCCAUCAAAAUGGUUCGCAGGCGACAAACAUGUCCCAUGGGAACCAACUGACGUUUGUACACCAUCAGUCGAGUGGUUGACAAUGCUUUGGGAAUUGAUCAUAACCACAUACCAAGAAAGGCAGUCAAGCUUUGAAGACAAAGAGGACCCAUCCGAAACUCUUCAACCAUUUGAAGACUGGCCGAUUAUUCCUACUUCUACUGGCACCCUUGCUCCUCUGUCCCUUGGCAAAACUGUGUUGGAUUUGAGUACACGUAUUUACGAUGAAGACAGGUUGGUGAGAAUUUUGUGCAAGAUUGGAAGUGCUCAACUGGAUUUUUCAGUUCUUCCAAAAGUCAACAAGGAUGAGGCUUCACUUAUUGUAUCCCCGCACCUGGCGAAACCAUACUCGAGACAAGAUGUUAUCAGCGUUAUACAUUACCUAUCUAAAGGUGAUGACUUCAAAUGCGAACUCGGUCAAGGCGAAAUCGUUACACUUCUACGUUUUUUGCAAGAAGAUGUCACUACCGUCUACAGUAAUCAAUCACUAAUGAGAAAGCUGCCGCUCUACAAAACUUUGAAUGGGAAGUUUGUGAGUCUCGAUUCUUAUGCCUUCUCGUAUGUUGUCGAUCUGCCUCAGUGUGUAUCCCUAGCUGACAUCGAAGCGCGCAUUGAAAACGAAAGUUGUGUACUAUUAGAAGCGAUUCAAGAAAUAGAACCUUUGUACAAGGCUCUUGACAUCAGCCAGCUGUCACAAGUAGACGUAUUCGUCAAAUACAUAUUGCCAAACUUUGAUGCAAUGUCGGAGAGAGGCCUUCAGGAAGUGCUGCUCUACAUCAAAGAUACUCUCUUCGUUACCUUAAAGAGUUCCACUGAGAGGAGCAUUUUAAUCGAUGCUUUGUGUGAAGCACGUAUUUUUCCAGACAAAAGCGACACACUUGUCCCUGUAAGCAAUUUUUAUGAUCCUGAGAAUCCAGUCUUCAGAGAGUUGCUCUCUCCCGGUGAUUUUCCACCAGGAAAUUACAGCCUUCUAAGUUGGCUCCCGUUCCUUCGUCAAGUAGGACUCAAGUACCGUGUUUCCCAACAACAAUUUAUCCAGUUUGCAGAAUCCCUAGCUUCUGAUGCAAUGACUGGGUUCCAAGAUACUCAGUUGAGGGAUGUAUCUAAAACAUUGGUUACGUGUCUGUUUCAACAGGAUGACCUGCACGACCCAAGCUUUCUACAUGUCGUAUCCAGCAUAAAGUUUGUCGCAGCAGAAACUGCAUCUAAACAACUAACAAACUUACAGCCUCAAUAUGCGUGUAAAAGUAAGGAAGACAUUCCUCCUUUUACUGAGUUCCACGGAGCUUUACCAUGCGAACAACAGAAAAUUUCCUGGACCUCCAUUGCCCUCCUUCCAGCCUGGGCCACUCCUAAUUCCGCCGAGAAACAAGUUUUGGAAGACCUCGGAGUCGCACUUCUUCCCCCACUGGACAAAGUUAUCAAUCACAUCACUCUUCUAACAAAAGCACACAGCGGAAAUGUCCAUAAAGACACCCCAAAAGACCAAAGGGAGCUUCUUCAUGAUGUCAUAUACGAGACGUUUACUUUCUUGAAAGGUGAUUGUAAUUGUCCCAGUAACACUUUGUCAGACAAGUGUACUAAGUCUUGCCUAGCCAUUGGUAGCAUUCUCAAGAAAACACCUUGCAUACCCGUUGAGGAAGGUCGCGUUUUUGUGGAAGGCAAUCAAUUGGCGUUUGAGACGACAACAGAGAUGCCACCUUACUUUUAUAAAGUACCGCGAGAGUACGGCCAUUUUGAGCAUGUACUUAAGAGACUUGGAGCAAAUGAAAAACCAACACCAUCGCAAUUUGCAGACGUCCUCGGGAGACUAAAGGAGGUGUGUGAGGAUAAGCAUAUGGAGCCCAAUGAGAAAAAGGUGGCUAGAGAAGCUACACGUGGAUUUUUCACCACCCUAUCACAGUUAGUGAAGGAAAAAAGCGAAGAGGCUGCAACAAAAUGCCUUUUUUCGUUGAAUCAACUAUUUUUACCUAGCAAAGAAGGUUUUCUCAAGCCAUCAAAUGAACUGAUCUUUCACGAUUGUCCCAGCUUUGAACGUCGUGCACGAGACUUUGCCGGUGACUUUGUGGACAUCAGUCGGGAAGGAGAACUCACUGCAGACCGCCUCUCUUACCUUCUCGGUCUUCUGCCAUUGCGUCUUAGGGCAAAGACUAUUCAGAAUUUACUGCGGGAGGAGAUACAUCCUACCUGUAGAGAUAAGCAAUGCAUAGCAGACAGUACUAUUGGAUCAGAUCCCUGUCCAUUUGUGAACAGAUAUCGGAACGUUUUGCUCUCUCCGAAGUUAGUGAACGGAAUUUUACGUGUGAUCCGUCAUCAAAGACAGACACCGAAUUUGCCUCAAGAUGUCAAAGAUCAAGUACAAGUCCUUUGUAGCUCGCUCAAUGUAACUUGCAUGGCAUCACUUGACACUCAUCUGAUUCACCUGGAAUCUGGCAAACCAUUACAACACAGCCAAGAAACCCAAGACUGUUUCUUAGAAGAACAGAAUGGCGAAUGGGAAUUGUUCAUUAGGCAUGGCACAGACGAAAAUCCCCUCCACAUCCAACUUUGCUUUCAAGUAAAUCGUUUGAUACAUAAUCAAAUAGAGAAGGAGAUCUAUCUUCAGGCAAUGCUUGCAUGUAGGGUACCAGAGGAGAUCCUACCUUCACUCGACAGAUGCGGUGUAGCGCAAGAUCUCAUGGGAAGUGAGGCGCGCACUACGGAGCCCGUUCUAGGAUCUGAGAUUCCGGUGAUGUAUCACUACCUGCUCAGGCAAGACAUCGAAUACUUUUUUCGGCAAGGUGAAAUAGUUGGCUACGAGAAAGAACGUAGAACUGAAGAUGGUCAAAUUGAUGACUCUGAGCCUCUUUACGUGUACGCCAAGGUGGUGAGGAAAGUGCCAAAUCGUAAAAGAUCCAUGGGAACCAGCAGAUUUGACUUCAAGGCCAAAUAUCGCGUUGAUAUUGGAGAGCCUCGCCUCGUAGAAGUAAGCGUACUUGAUCUUUACAAAUUUGAUCGAUCUAACGCUGAAGUUCCAAAUGCAGAACCCGAGCUCUCGGAUUCUCGUGAAGUAUCAAUUUUCACCGGAGACCCCAAGGAAUCAGAGCGCCGGGCAGCGAGUCGAAAUGAACGCCUUGAAAAGGCGAAACAAGAAAUCAAGGAUACCCUGUGGGAGGCUUGGAAGCUACCUGAAAAUGAGAGAAGGAAAGUCAUUAAGCGUUUGUUUCUCCGAUGGCACCCGGACAAAAAUAUAGGCUCUGACAUUGCCAAUGAUGUGAUGCAAUUCCUGCUGAACGAAAUAGAGAGAAUGGAAAAGCUAUUUCCUUCGAAUUGGAGAGACAAUCUGCGAGAUGCCAAAGAGAAAGGAACGCAAGAUGGAGCAAGCAAUUUUCACGAUUUCUUCAACCAGUGGAACCAGCGUGCUCGGCAAGAGAGGCAAACUUAUGACACGUUUAAACGACAAAAUCAUCAAGGAACUCCUUAUUCCAAGAGGUCUACAAACCCUCAGAAGAACGAGGCCAAGCGGUGGAUGAAACAAGCCAAAGAAGACCUGAACGCUGCAAAACAUCUAGAAAGUCAACAAACGAAAUUCCCUGCGUUGGUUUGCUUUUUAUGUCAACAAGCUACGGAAAAAGUUUUCAAAGGUGCCUUGUAUGCAGCUUGCGGCAUAUCUGAGAAACAACUAGAAACACACGAUGUACUGAAUCUUGCAUAUGAGAUUACUGAGUUGGAUGGAUCUCCUGAUGAUAUUGCCCUCCUGGCUGCUAAGCUCAAGAAUUACUACGAGCAAACUAGAUAUCCUCAUUUUCAUCGGGGCGACACGAUUCCUGCAGAAGCUUUUACGAGCGAUCAAGCACAAGACGCAUUAGAAAUUUGUGAGUCACUGGUUCAGAAAAUAAAUGACUUUGUUAACGAUAAUUUUGCACGGGUGUGACAUUUGAAACACAACCACUGACAAUUAAGACUAUACAUUGAGAAGAUGGGGCUGUAAGAAAUAGUAACACCGAUUACUUAUGUAAUAGUGUAGUCCAGUCAAACCAUUUACCGCAGUGAUUAGUCAGAUGCGUCAAAACGAAUUGGUUUUGCCUCAAAAAAAGAUCGAGGGUCGGUCUUGGGUGUC